AUCAUUCUGUAUGGAACAAUAUGGCUUCUAUCGUGGCAAUGAAGAUGAAAUCUGCUGAACGGUCAUUUCUUCAAUUUGUGCAUGUUGGAUCAAUCAUUUUUAUCAUGCCCUUGUGCUAUGUCUCACUGAUGUACCUCUUAUCCUUGUAUGUGACAAGAGAGAGGUAUGAAAUGAAGGAGAUACUAAGAGUAAUGCGGUUGAAAGACUUAGCAUUUUGGUUAUCCUGGGGAUUGCUUUAUGCCUGCUAUGUAUUGAUAAUGGCCAACCUGAUGACUCUGGUCACAAAGCAUUUCAUAUUUGUAACAAGUUCCUAUGGCAUCAUCAUGCUUCUUUUCUUCCUUUAUGGAAUAGCUUUGAUGUCAUUCACCUUCAUGCUGAGUGCCCUGUUUAGGAAUCCCAGAGCAACAGCCAUCGCUGGCUUUAUUGUCACACUCUUACUGUCUGCUCUGGGUCUCGUCGUACUAUCCAAGGAUCUUCCUAAAGCUCUUGAAGUGUUAUUGAGUAUCUUCCCCCAGUUUGCCUUUGCCGUUGGAUUAGUUCAGAGUGUUCAUAUGGAGAGUGAUCUGGAAGGCAUAUAUUUGUCCGAUUUGAUGGGGGCUUCUUCUCACGUGUUAUCCAGCUUUAUCAGUCUUGCUCUCGACUCUGUAUUUUACAUGAUCCUGACAUUGUAUUUAGAAAAGGUUCUGGCAGAUAAGCAUGGCGUUAAGCACGAGCCAUUGUUUUUCCUGAAAAAGUCUUAUUGGUCCAAAGAGAAAUCGUCUCCACCAAUGGUAGGAACUGACGAUUGUGAUGAAUCCUCUGUGGGAGACUAUGUUGAAAAAGUCCCUACCGAUAUGCAUGGAAAAGAGGCCAUAAGAAUCCAUGGAGUUAAGAAAACCUACUCUGACGAUGACAAGAACACUGAGGCUUUGAGAGGUCUAGAUCUAAAUAUCUAUGAGGGGCAGAUUACAGCCCUGCUGGGUCAUAGUGGAGCUAGUAAAACAACAUUACUAAGUAUCCUUAGUGGAAUGUGUCCGACUUCUGGUGGAUCUGCAACUGUCUACAAUUAUAAACCCUCUAACAUGAGUCACUUGGAAGAGAUCAAGAAAAGGGUUGGAUUUUGCCCACAGGUCGACAUAAAGUUUGACCCUUUAACGGUGAAGGAAAAUUUAACUGUGUUUGCAAUGAUUAAAGGGAUCCCAUUAAAUCAAAUAGCAGACAAGAUACGGAAAGUUCUGUCGGACCUGCAAAUGAAUGAUAUGGAAAACAUAGAAGCUAAUAAAUUGAGUGGAGGACAAAAAAGAAAACUAACUUUUGCUAUUGCUAUUUUAGGAGACCCACAGGUCCUCCUACUUGAUGAACCAACUGCUGGUUUGGACCCAUGUUCAAGGCACCACAUCUGGACCAUUUUGAAAGAGAACAAGGCAGAUCGAGUCACACUCUUUAGCACUCAGUUCAUGGAUGAGGCAGACAUUCUUGCUGACCGAAAGGCUGUGAUCUCCAAAGGAAGGUUAAAAUGUGUAGGAUCCUCCUUGUUCCUCAAGCGAAAAUGGGGCAUCGGGUAUCAUUUAAGGAUGCAAGUGUCUCCUUCAUGUGAUGCGGAACUUAUGACAUCGAUGAUUAAGCAGCACAUACCUAAUGCUAAGCUCACAGCACAAAAUGAAGAGGAGUUUACCUACACCUUGCCCUUUGAAAAUAUGGAUGCUUUCCCAGAUUUGUUUUUAAAUUUGGAUAGCCAAGUAGGAAACAGCAUAGUCAACUAUGGAGUCUCCAUGACAACGCUGGAUGAUGUAUUUCUGAAACUAGAAGGGGAAGGAGACUUAGAAAGUGGAGAUUAUGAUGUUUUCAGAGCAGAGUCCAGGACAACUGAAGACAGAGAGGAUUUUUCAGCUGAAAUGGAAAAGUCACUUUUAUUGAUGUCGGACUCCGGAAAUGUGACACUUAGUGGCUUUGCUCUGUGGAGACAGCAAGUAUUGGCUGUUGCAAAGAUUCGCUUGCUGAAGUUAAGACAUGACACUAAAAGCUUCAGAUCCAUAUUGUUACUUCUUGUUCUUUUUAUUUUACCUCCGGUUAUAAUUAACAUAUUGGCUAGCAUUUACAGUCAAUAUGAAUGGGAACUCACCCCAAGUCUCUACUUUCAAAGUCCCGGGAAUCGACUGAACAAGUACUACACAGACCUGCUGAUUUGUAACAACACUGGUUCAUCUAUUGAAGACUUUGUUGGUGCAGUGAAGGAACAGAAUAUUGCAGUGUACGUGACCAGUGGCAAAUAUGACAUGGACACUGUAAAGUACAGAGGAGCCAUUGAGGUCUCUCAAGCUGAAAAGGGCUACAAUUUUACCAUUGUGGGAAACCCCAAGUCACAUAACUCACUACCAGUGCUUCUAAAUAUCAUCAGCAAUGCUCUUUUGAAGGUCCUAAAGGUCUCAGAACACAUCCGUGUGUGGAACCACCCAAUACCUUUGGUGGGUAUCGUCAUUAUCCUACACAUUGUAGUCCUGGGUGGUGCCUCUUUUUUGAGUCUGAACAUAUUUACAUCCUUCAAUUCAAAAUCGGGACCUUCCCGGUCCCAGGCGUGGCUCCAGGUGGUCCUCCGGUCCCAGGCGUGGCUCCAGGUGGUCCUCCGGUCCCAGGCGUGGCUCCAGGUGGUCCUCCGGUCCCAGGCGUGGCUCCAGGUGGUCCUCCGGUCCCAGGCGUGGCUCCAGGUGGUCCUCCGGUCCCAGGCGUGGCUCCAGGUGGUCCUCCGGUCCCAGGCGUGGCUCCAGGAUCCGUCUGAUGGAGCUGACCCAGGGCAUGUUGUACUUGUCGCAAGCGCCAUCUGCAAGCGGCCGGUCCCCGGUCUCCCAUUCGAAUAUGCCCUGCACUGGUGCACAUUCCUACAGCUCGCAGUCGCCGCAUCUCCUCUGUCUCUCUCUCCUGUGUGGCGUGUGAGCGCCAAAACGCAGGGUGUGGGAUACAGACACAGCACAGAUGCAUCGCUGGCAGAAGCUCCUUCUCAGUUCCAUUGUGCUUUUUUGCGGACAGAGGAAGAUAAAGCUGCCCUACAGCCUGCACCUACCGAGGGACUGCAGAGAAGUCGCUGUAGGAAAGAUUAA